AGGUCACUUGUUUAUCUCAAUAGUAAAUAAAUAAGUGUCAACAAACAUUACUAGAUUACAUUAUUUAGAGCUGGUUGAUAACAAUAAUGAUUUUGUUGUGUUAUUCCAGCAAGACAUUGUAGAUUUACACUUGGCUGUGGUAAAUUGUGUCAAUCUAGAAGCAAGAAGAAAAUAUUAAGUAUGUCGCAUACAGUUAUGAAAGGUUUACCUACUACUAGUCAACUACAUCUCGAUACGAUCUUAGAAGCAAUAAUACACGAAGAAAAACUUAAAAAUAAACGUCAAAUACGACGGGAUGAAAUAAAUCUCAGUAAGAUUAUUUAUUAUUCUAUGAAACAGCGUUUGGAUGAUGUUUAUAUGAUUAACGGUUUUAAUGGAGACAAAAUAAAAAAUCGUCAAAUACUUAAAUUUUCCAUUCCCCUCGCCCGCGCAUUACAAGACCAAAUAAAAAAAGAUAGGAAAAUCUUAUUAAUAAUGAAAAAUAGUCAGUAUAUGGCAUCUCUGUACUACGCCGCAAUAUUUUCCGGGGUUGUGCCGUUGCUGAUAGAUCCUAAUUCAACAAGAUAUGAAAUACAACACUUUAUGAAUUUGGUAUCACCAUACUUUGUUUUCUGCGAUCAUGAUUGUUUUGAUAAUUUCAAAAUUGCUACUGAAGCGACACCUAAUUUAGAUACUAAGGUUAUCAUAGCUAAUGAUACACGAUGUUUGGAGCUUUUUGUCGAGCGCUAUAGCGAUGACAUGGACAGUUUUCAGGUAUCUGAAGCAACUCCAGAUUCAACCGCCCUUUUGCUGCCAACAAGUGGCUCAUCUGGAUUACCAAAGGCUUCAAUAUUGAAUCAUAAUGGUUUGAUAGCUCAACUACCUGUACUUUGGAUUCAUCACGAGCGUUUCCCACAGCCAACGGAAUUGGCGCUACUUCUGUCUUCUGCACAGUGGAUGACGCAUACAAUCUUGAUGACCACAUGCCCCGUUUAUGGUAUCACUUUGUUGAUGACACCACAGAAACCUACUGCUGAACACAUCUUGGAUAUUGUAUACUUAUAUCGACCAACCUGGGCACUCCUUGGGCCAACAUUUGCCCAGUCCCUUGUAGAAUCUGCACUUACUCAUCAACUCAGUUCCUUGAAAACAGUAAUCCUAACAGGAGCACCUCUAACGAAUAAAGUUGCCAAAUUGUUGAAAGAAAAGUUAUCACCAUCAUGUUACUUCGGUAGCGGUGUGGGUAUGACUGAAACUCAUGGCUUUUUUACAAUGCCAGGUCCAAGGACAGUUUGGGAUUCGAAUGAUAGAAUAAUAAACACCUGGAUCUACAAGCUGUCUGGCGAAGGUGGAAAAGAAUCAGAAACCAAUAAAAAAGGCGAGCUUCUCUUGAGAAGCACUUCUUGUCCAUUUAUCGGCUACUAUAAGAAUUCACAUGGUACUCAUGAGGUACUUACAUCUGAUGGUUGGCUUAUAACAGGAGACGUAUUCUACGAAGAUGAUAACAAUGAAGUACAUUUUAUUGAAAGAAAGAAGUUCUGGUUCAAAUAUUACAAUAACCAUAUAUCCCCUGAAGAGCUAGAAAAUGUGAUUAAUUCGGUGGAUGGUGUAAAAGAAUGCGUAGUAUGUGAAAGCGAGAAGGGUCCUGCAGCGGGUGUGGUGCUUCGUCCCGGCUUUUCCAUUGAUCUACUUUGAGUGACUACAAGCGACUUCGGGGUGGAAUAGUAUUUGUGUCUUCUUUGCCGUAUACGCACAGUGGAAAAAUCAAAAGAGC